GCAUGCAUCUUGUUCCUGGAGUGUAGUCACAACUCUUAAACAAGUGCCCUGCAAGAUGUGUGCUUGCCUAUUUAAGCAUCUCUCGUCUUGUUGAAAGCAAGAGUACCAUUACAUUAGGCACCAGCAGGGAGGGGAAGACGUCCAUUUUCCUCAGUUCACGCUAGAAGAGAUGAGUAACCAGACGCUUCAUGAGUACUACUUCGCGUUGAGGAACAUUGAUCAUAUUAGUGAUGCAAAUGCCACAUUGAUGUUAUUGUCCAACCGCACUAAGGACUUGUGGAAGAGCCCUAGGGGAACGGUGAUCCGAAUUGAGGUACUCGUAGUAGUGGUUGUCUUCCUGCAGUUAUUCCUUAUCGCCUGUGGGUCCCGUCGACGUCGGAGCAGAAACUUCUUCAUCCAGAAAGGUGUCUUGGCUGCAUACACCUUGUCCCCCUCCCUGGUGUCAUACACACUAGGUUCAAUACAGUCUUCGGCCAUAAAGAGCGGCAUGUACUCAAUGUGGGCAAUAUCCCUGUACAUCCUCUUUGGUUGUGCUGACUCUAUCACAGCUUAUAGUCUCACCGACAACAGCCAGCUCAUGAGACAGCUCUACCAGUGUUUUCUCGGGUACCUAUACGUGGGCUUGAUUAUUCCAACUACACUGGAUCCAGAUAAACCUAGUGGUUUUCUUGGUGUCAGAUUCUUCCCGCUUAUUUGUCUUGUGGGCGUCGCUGCCACGUAUUUUAUACAAAGAUUAGGGGCAUGUCGAAUGGCAAGCGAAUCAUGGUUAUUGAAUAAAGUGAUUGCUGACUACAUGUAUCAGGAGCACACCAUAAGCAGAGAAGAUUACGAUCCAGCCACUAUGACAGGUUACCAUUACCUCGUGGAGUGCAGGCUGUACCGCGCAUAUACUGGUCGUGCGUAUAUUAUUGGUGAUGGAAAGUACGUAACACAUUUUAGAAGUGACCCUUCUGAUCCAGAUAUCAUUGACCUAGACAAGGUGUGGCGAAACGAUGAUCUAAGCCCUGAUCUUAAGGAUGCAUGCCUUUCCUUCUCCCUUUUCCAUCUGUUACGGAGACGUUUCUUCGGGUUUGAGUGCGGUGAAUCAUCGCAGCCCAAGACACGUGAUCUUGUCUUCAAGGGGCUGCUCGCCAAGAAGAAGGAGGAAGAGAAUGACGAUGGAGGGGCCAGCGCCGCAAUCGACUAUGAUUGGGUUUUCAAGGUGAUUGAGAUUGAGCUGGCUUUUAUGUAUGACUUCUUCUUCACCAUGUAUGCUGCCAUUUAUUAUGGAAGUCGUUCUAUGGCGCGAUAUGUGCUGCAACUGGUCUCAGCGAUCUUAACGGUCGUAAUAGCCUUCCUGACGGCUGGAGGCCGACUGCGGCCUCCUCCUAAAGGGAUGGAGGGGUCUGUCAUCGUGGACACCACAGCAGCUGAUGUUUAUCUCACCGUAGCUAUACUUGUGUGCAUCUCUUUCCUUCAAGUGGUGCAGGUGAUGUACUACCCGACGACCAUUUGGGGCAGGGUAUCUUUUGCUUGCCAGCGCAUCAAAAGGAAAGGCUGCUGCAUGGGGCUUAAAGAUUUUCUUGUCAAAAUUGGUCUGUGGGUGUCAUCCUGCCGCUGGCACCACCACGAGCAAAAGCUCGGGCAGUAUUCGUUGCUUGAAUCACUGAGCAACUUCUCUAGUCAAUCCAAGCUUACCAAGUUCCUGGUCAUUCUCCAGAAUGCAUUUCUAUUUUGGCUUUCAGUGAUGGAAGGUUUUGUCCUACAAGGCCGAGUCAUACCAAAUCACGUACGGAGCAUCAUCCGGAAGCCUGGUGAACCUGCAGAGUUGGUUGCAGCAGUAAAGAAGGCACUUGUCCAGUCCCUUGAACGCACCCAUCGCCAUGGUAAUAAGCUGACAAACGGGGCGUUAUCACUGUCGUCCAGCGGGGCAUAUGAGCUAUUGUGGGCUUGCAGCCUCGAGCUUCGCCAAGGCCUCGAGCUCGGCUCGGUGUCCUUGCAGCAGAAGGAGAACCAGGUGUGUGUUAUUCUGACCUGGCACAUCUCAACAUGCUACUGCGACAGGGAAUUUUCAGCAUCAGGUAGUGCCAUCACCAAUGAGCAUUAUGAGGUCGCCACAAGACUGUCCAAAUACUGUGCAUACUUGGUGGCUUUUGCACCAAAGCUUCUCCCGGGUCACCACUACGAUACAUGGAUUGCUUUUAUGCUGGUUGCAGAAGAAGCAUUGAAGCAGCAGCAGUCACAAGAAGCUGGGGAUGAGGAGACGAUUUACCGCAAGGGCCUAAGGCUGGGGGAGCAGCUCAAGAAUAUGCAGGCUGACCAUUGCUGGGAGGUGCUGGCGGGAUUUUGGGCGGAGAUGCUGCUCUACCUCGCGCCAUCAAACAAUGUGAAGGAGCACGUCGAGUGCCUGGCAAAAGGAGGGGAGUUUAUAACGCACUUGUGGGCAUUGCUCACCCACGCUGGCAUCCUGGACAGGGGUCAAAGCGACGUCGCCGACAUAGAAAAUAAUGGAGGAAAUCAACCAGCAUCGCGUCCAACCAACAGGGAUGGUCCUUCAACAGGAAAGUCUUGUGCGGAUUGUGGAACGAGCUCGCGAUGAGAUCAUAGUGAUCAUAAUAAUUCUAGGAAAGCUCUGUUAUUCUCAUCCAAGGAAACUUUCAGCAAGCCCUGAUCACUUAUGCUGAUAUUGCCCUGCCACUUCUUCAUUUUUUUAAUUGUUCAAGAUAAUUGUUAUCCUGGUAUGCUUUAGUGACUUGUUAUUACUGCAAGUCUGAUGGGAAGGAUGCCGGUGUUGUUGAUCUCCUACCAUUGAGGCCUUUGGCCAUUUAUUUCUCAUGUACUUUGGUCAAUGCUUGCGGCUGUACUAUAUAUCAUUAUUGGUUCUUUUCAUGUAUUCGUCAACUUGUUUGAGACAAAAUACCCCUGGCCGUGUGUAUUGCCGCACUUUGUAUCAUUUGUUCUCUGCUUGAUGAAUGAUAAACAGCUCUCAUGCGUGCUUAUUUUUA